CCUGCUAAGAUAAUAUAAUGUUUUGGUCUCAACCAACGAUGCAAAUGCUGGCGCAGAUUGCUUUUUGCCUUCAUGUUAAAUUGAAUUGCAAGUUUUAAGAACUUGCAAGGUUUCUGGAGAUAUAUAUCCAUGUAACCGUGAACUAUGAAGAAAGAUAUUAAAACGGAACCAUUACGAUUGUUCAAACUUUCUCACCAGAUUCUCUGCAUUACAGGAAUCAAUUUUGACAACAAGUCACUCAUUGGCUAUGUGGAGCUGACUGUAUGGCCACUGAAGCCAGACCUUACCAGCAUUCGCAUCAACAGCAAACAGAGUUCAAUUUACAAAGUGACGAUCGACAGAAAAUGGGAGGCGGAAUUCACGUACUUCGAUCCUAUGAUGGACAUCUGCCAGGGAAAUGUUGUCAAACGCAACAUCGACUACUUUGAGAAGUGCCAGCAGAACGCUCUGAACGCCGUGGACCCUGACCAGGGCAAUGGAGAGCUGAUCAUCACGCUGCCCGAGGAUGUGUUGCCCACAGUCGCUGCCCUGGGCAGCUUCCAGGUGUGUGUGGAGUUUGCCCUGGAGGAGCCCAGGUGUGGCCUUCACUUUGUGGUGCCGGAUACGCCAGGCACGAUGGCCGAACGCAGCGCUCACAUGUUCACCUACGCCACCGAGAACUUCUCCAGGCUGUGGUUCCCCUGCAUCGACACGUUCAGCGAGCCGUGCACGUGGAAGAUCGAAGUCACGGUGGACCGCGACAUGACGGCCGUGGCGUGCGGUGACCUGGUCAGCGUGGAGUACACUGAGGAUAUGGCGGAGAAGACCUACCACUACUUCCUGUCCAGCCCCACUGCCGCACCCAAUAUCGCCCUGGCUGUUGGGCCGUUUGAGAUCCUGGUUGACCCCAAGAUGCACGAGGUGACCCACUUCUGUCUGCCACGGCUCAUGCCCGUCCUCCGCCACACCACCAGCUACAUUCACCAGGCGUUUGAGUUCUACGAGGAGCUCAUGUCCAGCCGGUACCCGUACAGCUACUACAAGCAGGUGUUUGUGGACCAGGCCUACUGCGAGGUCUCUACCUACUCCACCAUGAGACCUCCAAGAGGUGAGUGAGUACGAGCAGCAGGCGGGCUACGUGAUCCUGGACCCGUCCAAGCGCGACAGCAACCACACCUUCUCCAUCCGCUCCCCGCACACGCUGUCGCCGCGCUACGCCGAGAUCUUCUCCAAGAAGGCGCGGCUCGUCAUGCGCAUGUUGGAGAUUCGCAUCGGGACCGAGCUCUUCCUGCAGGUCCUGAACAAGCUGCUGUCCCUGGCCUACAACGCCAGCCAACAGAACUUCUCUCUCUCCAGCUGGAUCAACAUGCUGCUGUCUACCUCCUCUUUUCUGAAAAUCAUCUACACAGUGACAGGGAAGGACAUUGAGCCUUUCAUUGACCAGUGGGUUACCCAGGGGGGCGUGGCCCGCUUCAACAGCAGCUUUGUCUUCAACCGCAAACGCAACGUGGUAGAGCUGGACAUCAAGCAGGAUCUGACGGCCCUUGGGGCGCUCAAGUUUGUGGGGGCGCUGAACGUGACGAUACAGGAACUGGACGGUUCUUUCAACCACACGUUCAAGAUUGAGGAGAACAAGACGAGGUUUGAGAUCACCUGCCACUCCAAAAGUCGAAGCCAAGAUUCCCCGGUGCUGUGGCUGCGACUAGACCCCGACAUGCACCUGUUGAGGACGGUGACCUUUGAGCAGCCAGACUACAUGUGGCAGUAUCAGCUCAAGUUUGAGCGCUGCAUCGUGGCACAGUUUGAGGCUAUCGAGGCUCUGGGCAGGUUCCCGACCCCGGCCUCUCGCUAUGCACUGACCGACACGAUAGAGAAUGAGGAAUGUUACUACAGGGUCAGGCAGGACGCUUGCUACUGUCUCGCCAAGGAGACAUCACCGGUGAACACUUGUACUGGACGUUGGACUUCAUCGAGAACGAGCGUGAUCCGUAUCUGAGCCACCAUACGAUCACAUGUCUGACCCAGAACCCUCCGUUCCAACGCUCGGAGAGGUCACCGCUCAACAUGGAACCCCUGGUGGAGAAACUGUGGCACGUCAUGAGCUCCACUAUGUCGAUGGACUGUCGUCUUCGCUGUGGUCUGGCCGAAUUGUACCACACUCUCUACGGACGACAGAGACCUACGUGUUUGCCUGUGGCUGAGAGUGUGAAACAAGCUCAGAAGGACAAGAAGGCCAAGGCACAGACUGAGAGCGCGGAGAGAGCCGUGGACCUGACCAUGAUCUCCGGGGAGCAGACGGUGGGGCUGGAGGAGUCGGUGGUCAGUACAGAGCCCGCUGACCACAACCACCACCAAGACGGUCAGCUGGACGGCAAGGACGUGAAGCCGAAGAUUGAGCUUGACCUUGAGGUGUCGGUGCCGUCAGUGCCGAGUGGCGAGACGCCGGCCGACGUGACAGAGACGCACGUCAGUCCCAGCCACCUGAGUGAGGACUCUGCCUCACCACCGCAGCUGUCGCCUCGACGAGGUCCCCCCGAGGACGUCAUUGUGUCCCUGGAUAACAUCAUCCGCUCGGAUCCAUCCAUGCCGGCACGGAUAUUCGAAGCGUCGCCUUCACCACCCCAGCCGGAAGCGUCGGAUUCAGAGAUGGAUAGAUCCACCGUUCUCUCGCUGGAUAAAGAAGGCAGUGCGCCUGGCUCACCAGUGAAAGAAGAAGUAGCAGAAGCAGCAGAAGCUGCACCUGCUGAAACAUCAGCGGUUCUGCAUUCAGCAACUGAAAAAUCAGCAGUAGCAGUAGCAGCAGCAGCAACAGCAGCAGUAGUGGUAGGAGCAUCGUCUCCUGCUUCCUCACCUCUUCAUCUGUCGGAGGAUAUUGAAGUCGUUGAUGAUGAGGAUGAUGAUGAUGAUAAGAUUGAUUCCAAACUCAUGACUCGAGCCAUAAAAGAGGAGAUGAUAGAGGAGGAGGAGGUGAAGGAGGAAGAGGAGAAGGUGAGUCGAAAGAGGAAGAGGAGUCGAUCACCGUCUAUGUCACCGCCGUUACCGCCUCCGCAACCACAACCACAGCUACAGCCACAACUUUUGUCCUCCUCGUUACAACCUUCAUCGUCUCUAUUAUCUACAUCAUCAUCGUCAUUACCCCAGCGUUCACCGCCGUCAGCGUUGGCACCUGCAGAGCCAGCCUCCGGGAACUUAUUCCUCUCCUCCUCCUCCCCUCCCUCCUCCUCCCCUCCCUCCUCCUCCUCUCUGCCUCAGCAAGGGGCCUUAUCGUCACUGCCAUCAUCGUCAUCAAUCAAACUCGAUGUGGUCAAAAUGGAAGUGAAAGAAGAACGGCCGUCGAGCCCCCCUCCUCCUCCUCUCCCUCCUCCCUCCUCCUCCUCCUUCUCCUCCUUCUCGCUCUCCACCAGAAAGAGGUCGCGAGACAGCCCCCCUCCUCUUCCUCCUCCUCCUCCCAUGUCUCCUCCCAGCACCCGGGAGUUUGCCGUCAAGGAGGAGGAGGAGGAGGAGAGAGAGGGUGAGAUCUCGGCCCCGCCUCCCGUUGCUAUGGCAACACCAGACAAGAGUCUUGAGCAGCCUGGGCCUACAGCGACGGUGUUACACUCCACACCACUGCCCAGCCUCAAGACCACGCUGUAUACGGGAG